UUGUAUUCGAGCCGUGUGUUCGAAAAAGAAAUUAUUUCUAUUAUUUAACUUUAAUCUUUCCUUUCUUCUCAAAUCUAUUAAUACGAAAAAAGGAUAUUAGUUUUAGCGCGUUGGUAUAUUUAUAUUGGCGCGUAUUCUUUCAUUUGGCGCCUUUUUAGGCGCUAAAAACAGCGGUUUAUUUUUGAAUAUUGACAACUUCAUUCCGUUCAUUUGUGUAGAAACGCGCCGAUGGACACGCCGGACUGUGAUGUGAUAGACAACAUUUGCAUUUAUUUAAAUCAUCUCUAAAUAUAUAUACGUCGCGUCUCACGAGAUAUGUACAUACAAUAUAUAUACUCAUCGAAAAUUAAUCGAACGCGAGCGGAUCGUUGGACGUUUUGACGGUUUUAUUUUACGGAUCGGUACUUCGUUUUUUUUUUUGCUCGGAAAUCGCACAACUCGUUCCUCUUCGUCGAUCGUUAUGUAAUUAAAAUUAUUACAUAGUCAACAAUUACAUAUAUAAUAAAAUGUAUGUAUAUAUUGUUCAAUUUACGUAAUCGGAUAGAAUCGAAUUAUCUUUGGAAUCGUCUACGAUUCAAGAAAUCGCGCAGUAUUUGCGCGGUUAUACACAUGAUGGCGAUUAUCUUCUUCAAAUAUGUCGAUCACGUAUAAAUUGUACGCCACCGGCUAUAGAAGAUUUUCCACACGACCUGUUUGAUGAGGAGCAAAGACAAGGCGGUGCCGUUGUCGUACACGUCAUCGUGUCGCUUUACUUAUUUAUCGCUUUAGCAGUAGUAUGCGAUAAAUUCUUCGUACCUGCUGUAGAAAAAAUAUGUCACGCACUCUCGAUGUCAAAAGACGUAGCCGGCGCGACGUUUAUGGCGGCGGCGACGUCGGCCCCAGAAUUAUUCGUGAAUGCCAUCGGAACAUUCAUCACGGAAGGUGACAUUGGCGUCGGGACGAUAGUAGGUUCCGCAGUAUUCAACAUCCUGGCUGUCCCAGCCUGCUGCGGUAUCGGUGCGGGAAUGCAGGUGGUGCCACUGGAUUGGUGGCCUGUUAGUAGAGAUUGUCUUGCUUACGGUGUCACCGUCGCCAUUUUAAUAUGCAUUAUACACGACGAGCGAGUGGAGUGGUACGAGGCAUUAACGUUGGUGCUCUUGUAUAUUGUUUACAUCGCCGUGAUGUAUUGGGAUAAAUCGUUCCAGCGGUGUACGAGAUUCCGUACAAACGACGACCAGAUAUCUUCGGAUGGCCGACGAGUUACAACAGAUUCUAGCGACAUUCACUUACCAAGACCGGACAAAUUACAAUCACCCGGGGAUCAUGUGGAGCAAAUAGCCACUAUUGACGUGCCGCUACAAAAUGGCGGGACGAAAACGCAGGAAGAGAAUCCAGAUUCCAAUUAUGAGUACGAACUGUUGGUGUGGCCAGCGCAUGCCGGAUGGUUAAGGAAGACCGCUUGGGUCACAACAUGGCCCAUUCAUCUUGUAUUCAUGUGCACGAUUCCCGACUGCGAAAAACCCCGAUUUAAGAAUUGGUUUCCCAUCACGUUCUUGAUGUGCAUCAUAUGGAUUGGAUCGCUUAGCUACGUUGUAGCGUGGAUGAUCACUAUAAUCGGCGACACGCUCAAAAUACCAGAUUCCGUAAUGGGCAUCACUUUUCUCGCGGCGGGGACCAGCGUACCCGAAGCCGUAUCGAGUGUGAUUGUCGCAAAACAAGGCCAUGGCUCGAUGGGCAUCAGUAAUUCGAUAGGAUCGAACACGUUCGAUAUACUGCUAUGCCUCGGACUACCCUGGCUAAUCAAGUCAUCCUUCUCGCCCACGCAGCCCGGCAGGCAUUACAUCAGUAUAAAUUCCGGCGGGUUGGAAUACAGCGCCAUAUCGUUGCUGUCGACCCUGAUGCUGCUGUACAUCGCGUUCGCCUCCAACAAGUUUCAGCUCGACAGAAAAGUAGGCCGCGCCUGCUUGUGCAUGUAUGCCGUGUUCCUCAUACUGGCGUCGCUGAUCGAGCUCAACGUAUUCUUCAUGGUAAAUCUCCCCACCUGCCAAAGGACGGUGAAAUGAUCGAGAUACCCAGGACGAUGACCCGCCCGCAAUACAUGUCCGGGCGCGGCCCCGCUCGCAAUCCGCGCCGGAAACUCUCCCCCCUCCCCCCUUCGGACUUACCGAGAGAGACCCGUUCGUGCGAGGGGUGUUUAUAUUUCCAGCAACACGGCAUCACCGUGUGUACAGUUUUAAUAUCACAAUGUUAUCACCAUGUUUAGAACCAUGGCAGUAAUGCAUUUUGUAUUUAUUACUGCUCUCUAAAAAGAAUCUCUCUCCCUCUCCGCCUCUUGUCUCUCCGCUCUCUUCUCCUCAUCGCAAAACCUCCAUGCUAUUUUUGAAUAUAUUAGUCGACAUCUCUUCGUUCCAUCCGACAUAUACAUUUUACGCUCUCUCAUCUCGAGUUUUUCUCAAUUUUUACCUCUAUUAUACAUAUAUAUAUGUAACGCCAACUCUUCUCUCUUCCCUCUUCCCUUCUCUCCCCUUUCUCCACUUAUUUUUCUCUUAAAAUACGAUUACUGUGCUUACGGCUAUAUUGUGUGCGCCGAAAAAUCAACAACUUACGAUUAGCCACAGUAACGAGCCACGGAUCUCAAGCCACACAAUCGGAAGCUUGCCCGAGAAUCUAAACGCGUGCGUCGAGAAGGCAAAGUCGUCGCCGGGGCGAAUGCCUCUAAAUACGCGAUUUCUGACAAUCGUAAUUGAGCGACGAUGCGGGAGGGAUCGAACAAGGGCGCUCCGCGACUGUGUCUAAUUGUACGAAAGCGCAAGAAAGACUGCCGUUCCGUCAGCAUAUCGCAGACCUCGGUGUGUGACCGCGUGGAAACGUGUUUACGCGAGUGAAAUGUCAUCUCUCGAUUUAACCGUGACAGCCCAUUUCGUUCGUUUACGAAUUCGCGCCGUCGAUCUGUCAAAGUGUCGCAUCAUCGUUUCGACGGUAUAUGCAAAAUCUACUAUCCAAAGUAAUUUGCUGUUAAAUACCCGCCGAAAUACGUCGCUCGAUGAAUUUACCUCUAUUUAGUAUCUCCGCUGAAAAAAGAAAAAAAAAAAAAA